GCACGUCGAGGGUCCCUGAAGAGUUCGUCAACAGCUACUGAAACGCGGAGCGAAUCUCGGGCCAUGAGGAGUGUUCGGGUCGCUCACCUCAAGGCUGGCAUCUGGGCUGGGCGCGUCCUGCAGCACUGAGGGUGUGAGAGGGGCGCUGGCUGCUGGGUCGCGACGGACCGCACCGCCAUGGCCAGGGAGGAAUGCAAGGCACUUCUAGACGCUCUCAAUAAGACCACCGCUUGCUACCACCACUUGGUGCUGACCGUCGGCGGCUCCGCGGACUCGCAGAACCUGAGGGAGGAGCUACAGAAGACGCGCCAGAAGGCGCGGGAGCUGGCGGUGACCACAGGUGCCCGGCUGACUGUUGCGCUGCGCGACCGGGGUCUAGCGGCGGAGGAUCGCGCGGAGUUCGAGCGCCUCUGGGUGGCUUUUUCUGGCUGUCUGGACCUAUUGGAAGCAGACAUGCAACGCGCGCUGGCACUGGGAGCCGCGUUCCCAUUGCAUACGCCCCUGAGGCCUCUGGUGCGUACUGGUGUAGCUGGCGAUUCCUCCCGCGUAGCAGCGCGAGCCUUGAGUGCCCGCAGCCUGAGGCACCAGGCUGAACGCGACUUCGACGUCUCAGAUCUGAAGGAGUUGGAGCGCGAGGUCCUUCAGGUGGGCGAGAUGAUCAACGAUAUGGAAAUGAAGGUCAACGUGCCCCGUUGGACAGUGCAGGCCCGGCAGACCGCGGGCGCCGAACUCCAGUCCAGUAUCAGCGUGGGCGCCUCCUCAGCCGGCGGCAUGUCAGUAGAGGAGCGCCCGAGGUCCUGCGACCCCGGCAAGGCCCUGGCUGCUACCCUUUUCAGCGCAGUGCUGCUGGCAGCUGUGGCCCUUGCCUUGAGCGUGGCAAAGCUAGGUUGACACCUGACAGUCACCCUCCACCCCGCCGGCUGCCAUGCUCCCUCUCCGGAAACAAGAUCCAGGGUGGGCUUGCUGUCUGGCCUGUCAAAGGAAGCAGCACAAAAACACCGCGUGUGCAUGUGUAUACGCAUUUCUAGCACACCUCUGCCUGGGCAGGACGUGAUUUUCUCUUGCUGGCCGGGGAGGAGUUAACUUUGCUUGAGCUGUCCGGGCAUUACCGCUAAUGUCUGCAGGAGCUUUAUUCCCUAUUAAUAGAAACGGUUCACAGUGACCCCAGAUCCCUUUGAGUUAAUGUGUUAACGCGUGUGCUACUGGGGCGUCUUUACACUGAGUCCAAGUUUGGUGCCCCUACUUCUGCAGACAUCUCCCAUUCUGCAUGGGACAGUUUGGAGAAAUGGGCGAGGUGGUAUGAAGCAUGGAGAGGGGGGUGGUUUUGCUCUUUGUAGGUGGCUGUUCUGUUUCCUGGAUAAGAAACAAAUUGCAAUAAGAUGUAAGCAGUUUUUUUUAUUACCUCGAUCCUUUGGGGCCUAAGUUUAGGAGAAUGUGCAGAUAGAAGUUCAUACAAAGUGCUUUCUUUAUGGCGCCCUGUUUAUGGCAAUUUAUCCAUUAGUCACCAAAAGCAGUUAAAAGAGAUUUGGGGUCUUAAACUCCCACUGCUGUACAAGCUCUGACCCUAUUUAGGAAACCAAAGAAAGUCUGUUAAACCUGCUGUAGCAGGAUUGAAUCCACCGCAAACACUUGCCUGCCAAGAAGGGCUCUCCCCAGCCAGCCUUGGAUGAGAGAGGAUGAGGAGGCAUUGGGAAUGGCCACAUGCUAUGUAAACAGGCACUUUCUCCUUCUCAGGAGCUUUGUUGUUGUUGUUGUUGUUGUUGUUGUUGCAGAAAUAGACCAGAGUGUUUGAUCCUCCUUUGAGGGAGGGCAAGGGAAUCCUCUUUGAAACACUUAAUCCUAUCUAUCCUCAGAAUUUGCUUGCUAGCCAAUAGGAUGGUUGGCUUUGGAGGGAGUUGAACUGCUCCCUGACCCCCACAUUGUCGGGUCAUGUGGCAUUAUUCCUGGCCCACAGAGAUUUUGAGUCAAUGAACUCUGACACAGUGUUAGAAUGUAACCAAUUUAACUUGAAAUUUAAGAAGCUUUAAAUAUAUAUGUGUGUGUAUGUAUAUGCACAUAUAUACAUAUGCAUACAUAUGAUGUAUAUAUAUUUAAAUAUGUGUGUACAUAAACGUCUGAAAGAAAAAUGACAUUACCACA